AUGUCUCCCACCAUCCUCGUCGCCGGCGCCACCGGUAACACCGGCCGGAGUGCCACCGAGACCCUCUCAAAGCUUAUCCAGGCCCCGGAUUCCCCUCUACACAACCACCGAAUCCUGGCACUCACGCGUUCAGCAGACAGCCCAGCUGCGCAGCACCUCGCCGUUCUCCCGGGCGUCGAAGUCAUCGAGCAAAACUGGGUCGAAAUCACCUCCGAGUGGCUCCAAACCCACCAUGUAGUUAGGGCAUUUAUCGCAUCACAGAGCAAAGUGAGCCAUUUCGCCGAAGAGUCUACCUUCCAUCUUGCUCUCUUGAACGCGGGGGUCAAAUACGUCGUGCGAAUCUCAACAGGCGCCGCAUUCGCCCGCGCCAAUGCGACCGCUUACAACGCGCGCGGACACUGGGCAAUCGAAGCCCUCCUUUCCGCGCCAGAGUUCAAAGCCUUGCACUGGACGUCCCUGCAACCGAACGCCUUCUGCACAUUUUGGUUCUCUCCCGCUGUGGAGUUCAUCAAGGAAUACCGCACGACUGGCCGCGCGGAUUCGGUGCUCAGGUUGAUGGUGCCAAAAGACUGUGCCGUCGGCGUGAUCGACCCCGCUGAAGUGGGAGUUGUUGCGGCGCACCUCCUCGUGCAAGAGGACACCACCAAACAUACCGGGAGAAGAUAUGUCCUGAAUGGGCCAGAGGAUAUCUCCGGCGAAAAUAUUGUGCAGAUGAUCGAGCGGACUAUCGGCGUGACUGUUCAAAAUGUUCGGUAUGGGGAUCUGUCGGCGCUUGAUGCGUUCUUGGAGAAGGGGCACAUGGGGAGUGGGAACUCGCGGAAUGUUAUCUGGUCCAUUCGGCGUGCGGCGGAGACGGCGUGGGAGUUUAAGGCUCCGCCGACAAGUAAGGAGGUUCUGGAGCUUGCUGCGCCCAAGCGGACACCGCAACAGAUGUUGGGCAGCUUGUUGGAGUAA